CCUGGUGGCGAUCGGAUGAAGAGAAGAGCCAGACGAGGAAGCAAGGAGGAGGGAUCAGGAGCAGUGGCGUGGUUUGACCGGAGUAAAGAGUUUAUUCUGGAUUCUGCGGACGCCUCCGUCACUGUUCAAUCGGAUGGUCUCUCUCUGGUCUUUAUUUGAUACCCAAAUCAGUUAUGUGCGCAAAAGGACGCAGAGCGUCAGAGGUGUGCUGCUCCGAAAGGAGUUUGGAUAAAGUGGCGCUAUAAGAAACUUACACACCUCCGCUGUCACUGUCAUCGCAGCACAGGUACGAACCAGGAUCCCGGAAGAACUCGUUGUACAGGUUACCCUUUGUUUUUAGAGUUACUUGUACGUUUCUGAGUGAACGAACUCAGAUGGACUUGUUUACUUUAUUCAAGAAAAAAAAUUAUCUCUCAAAGUUUCUGAUUAUAAAGUAAAUUAGCGGAAAGAAAAUGAAGGAUCAGAAGAAGAAGAAGCUGUUCGUGGUGGUGGAUGUGCUGUGCGUUACAGCUGCGGCACUGCCUUUCAUCAUUAUGACCAUUGUCUCCAAGCCAUACCAAAGAGGCAUUUACUGCAAUGAUGACAGCAUCAAGUAUCCCCUAAAACUAGACACCAUCACCCCCGGUAUGCUGGCAGCUAUCACCAUCUGCUGUACUCUCGUCAUUAUCUCAUCUGGAGAGGCUUAUCUGGUCUACAGACAGAGGAUUCAGUCUAACACACAGUUCAAUCAGUAUAUAGCUGCACUCUACAAGGUAGUAGGCACCUUUCUGUUUGGAGGAGCUGUCAGCCAGUCACUUACUGACCUUGCAAAGUACACUAUUGGGCGUCCAAGGCCAAACUUCAUGGCAGUAUGUGCACCGAAAGUCUGCACAGGAUACAUGCCAGUGAUCAACUGCACUGGGACUCCUGAGGAUGUCACAGAGUCUAGAUUGUCCUUCUAUUCUGGUCACUCCUCUUUUAGCAUGUACUGCAUGCUUUUCCUAGCGCUUUACGUGCAGGCGAGAUUUGUGGCAAAGUGGGCCAGACUUCUCCGGCCCACCAUCCAGUUCUUCCUGGUGGCCUUCGCGGUUUAUGUGGGUUACACCCGAGUCUCUGAUUACAAGCACCAUUGGAGCGAUGUGCUGGUGGGGCUGCUGCAGGGAGCGCUUGUUGCUUUGCUAAAUGUGCACUUUGUGUCGGAUUUCUUCGAGAAGUGUCCUAAACGUUCCAAGAGGCCGGGCACUCGCGAUGGUGAGGAACCAGAAAGGAAACCCAGCGUGCAGAUUGCAGACUCUGAGAACAGCAACCAUUACAACUACCACAGUCGUGGCACUGUGUGAUAGUGGACUUAGGAACAAAGACUGCAAACCUGCAGACCACAAACCUGUGUGAUAGCGUCACAUCCAGGGGCUUCAACCUGGUUAGAUCAGGUAAUAACCUGGGUUAUAUGCAAUCCUGACUCUUCAGGAUGCCUUCUGUCCUGGAACUGUGUCAAAUUUUAAUGUUUUGGUAAGUUUUGCAAUCGGCCCUUUGUAUUUGUGUUUUAAAAAAGAAAGGAAAAGCUAGACUUCUGGCCUGUAACUUUCAACCUCUUUUCUCUGCAUCAACCACUCACUUUCCACCUGCUCCACUGGACUGAGGGAUGCAGCCCAUCCCUAGGCACCUGAGACACAACCAUGACACUUUUCUCCUGUAAGAGAGAAAGAAGCACAUUUUCAAGCUAUCAUUAUUAACGGUAAAGCAAAAAAAGCUGCAUUAACUGAAACAUCACAAACCAAAUGCAACAUGGGAAACAUUGUUACCUGUGUUAGCAAUGCAGGUUUCAAUAGCUGUAAGCUUCCAGUGUCUUUUUCCAGCACACUGACAAAAUAAUGUCAGGUAAAAGUCUCUCUGCAUUUGGGUUGAUACACAUUCUACUUUCUUUACUCAUUACUUGCAAAUUAGGGUUGUUAUUAUUAUGCAGUAUGCAUGUUAUCUGUUCCAGAAUGGAUCAGUGACAGCACCUAGAUUUCAGUUAUACAGAGCGAAUGCAGUGAUAACCUAAAAGUGCCUGAAAAGUGCCAAAAACUGCACCAGAAUCUGGGCACGGUUUCAGAAUUCAAAGCAGCUAUUUCACUUCCAGUGAGUUCUUUAAUUUUAAUUAAAACUACACCGAUUAAUGGAGCUUUAACAUUAGAGUGUAUUUUUUGAUUUGUGAAAGUAGAAAACCAAAUUUGUCUAGAAUAAUUGUAACGAGAAGAAUGUUCAGGCAGGAAUGUUUCUAAGUGUUGGUGGAUUCAUGUCAUUUUAUUGGACCUACAGUAGAAGAAUACUGAAUUUCUGACUGUCGGUUAACUUAUUUUCCUAUAUAAUGCCAUCCUGUUGACAGCAUGUCUCAAAAGCUAAAAUACAGGUUUUUUCCUGGCAGUCGACCAAAUCGUGGAGUCCGUGUCACCUCGUUCAACAGAAAUCUAUGGAUCUUGCUGCCUGUUUGAUAAAUACAUUUUUAAAAUGCUUGAGUAAAUAUUACCCGAAUUAACAAUGUUGUUAUAACUUUUUAUUACAUUGCUGAUUUUGUGGUGGUUUUUCUUUGGCUCUGGCGAAAAUCUUAUUGGCAUGUGGCCCUAAAAACUCCUGAAACGUUAGCUAUAGACCAUCCAGAGCUGCUUACAUGAGCUGUAGAGCCGGUUAACCAACAUGGGAAACAAGAACAUCCAGUAAUGUUUCAUAACUGCCGUACAAACAGAUCUGUGUCUCUGCUAGAACAAACAUUUUGUUCUUAAAGUGCUAGACAGGUUUACCAGCUGACAACACACUAAUUAGAUUAGUGCUCAUUCAUGUUGGCAGACUUCACUAACUGUCAUGUGAUAUCACUGAUUUCAUUACGUUUAGCAUGAAACUGAGCUAAGGUGAGGACACAUCGAAUCUUCAGCUUUUAGGCUCAUGUCCAGACUGGAAAGUUUCUGAAAUGUAAACAUGUAAUUGUGGAUUAGAUUAAUGAUUUGUUUGAUCACCUAUGUGAAAUGGACUGCAGUAGCAGACACCAUUGAUGCCUGUAGCUUUUAUUUCUGCUGGACUUGAUGUGUCAUACCACUACUAUACAAUCAAUCAAAUAUUAAGAAACGUUGCCUCUAUCUUGUGUCCCUUUUCCACUUUUUUUUCUAAUUUUUUGUUAGAAAAAAAAAUUGUUUAGCAAAUAAUAAUCAAAGAUGGACGAGACAGCCAUUUUGAAAGUGGUUAAUAAGUUAUUUUGAAUAUAAAAUGUUCUUUAUGUACUUUUAUAAGGUUGGAAGUGCCAGCUCUAAGGUUUUUUGUGCAAUCACCCCAGCUUGCCACUAUGAGCCACAAAUACUGUAUCCAUGAAUGCUAUAAGACAUGUUUUUAAGUUUUGUGAAGUACGUGUGUGUUUAUACACCUAUAUUUGAAAUAAAUAACAGACAACAACAAAAAGAAUGAUUAAUAUAUAAAUUGUAUGCUUUUAUUUCAAAUGUAGGGAUGUUUUAGUCUUACCUGUACAGUGUGCUUUGGCCCGGGAUUUCUCAGACUGGUGCCUGUUGGAUUUGCUACACAAACAAAUCCAAUUCCAGGUCCAAACGGAUGCCAGAUGCCUUGGCAGGGCUCUUAAAUGGCUGCUGUAAUGAUGAAGAGUUACAUACCCAGCUGUGUAUUUGAAGCUUGUAACACUGCUCUGGUUCCACUUCAAACAUUGGUCCAUGUUCCUUUUCCCCUUCCUGUGCUGAUGAAUGGUGUGCAUAAGGUCUCAUGUGUAGAUCUUGUACAGUGUAUAAACAA